UUUCUAGCCCCGGUCGAGGAGCGGGCGGAGGCCGGAGGGCGGGUGCUGGGCGCCGGGGGCUGAGCCGAGGUCCAUCGCGGGCUCCAGCGAUGCUGCUGCUGCCGCCGCCGCCGGCGGCAUCUUCCUGGUGUGCAGCGUGCCCAAUGGUCUCAAGAUGUCCUCCAGGCUUCGUACUGCUAAGAACCAUUAGAAACCAAGACUAGCAUCUGUCAGAUGGGGCUGCCUGUUCAUCCCUGUCUGCACACCUUUGCUGUGGGGGGAGAAGAGGAGCAGAAUAGCAUGAAAAGUGCAAAAUGUUUCAAAUUCCUGUUCAAAACCUUGAUAAUAUCAGGAAGGCUCGAAAAAAGGUGAAGGGUAUUCUUGUGGAUCUUGGUCUUGACAGCUGCAGGGAGCUGCUGAAGAGUCUGAGAAGUUUUGACCCAGGUGAAGAACACUUCUGCAACACUUCAUGGAGUGAUGUCUCUCCGUGGGAGUCUGUGGGCAGAAGGAAGAGGUACAGAACAAAGCCCUACUGCUGCAGCUUGUGCAAGUUCUCCUCCAAACUGCUCACUUCCUUCAGGAACCACUUGCAUCGUUACCAUGAGGAUGAGAUGGACCAAGAGCUGGUGGUUCCUUGCCCAAAAUGUGCAUUUGCUUCUGAUCCCAAAGUAGUGGGGAAGCACAUCCGGAUGUUCCACUCCAGCAAAAGGAUCCAGAACUAUACAGUCAGCAUCCUGGAUGGCAUGAAACAGUUCCGGAGUGACAUCAUAAACUUCACCUGUCUGAAAUGUCACUUCACAGACACCCUGUACUACAACAUGAAGAAGCAUGUGCUGAUGAACCACUUCCAGAACCUGAUCAGCACUUACUUUGGCCAGAAGCCUGAUGACAGUGGGGAGGACUGUGCUGAGCACUACUGCAAAAAAUGCAGUGCCUCUGCCAACAGCCAGGACUCCCUCAUGUAUCACGUCCUGACCGCCGAGACGCACCGAGACCUGGAGAACAAGCUCAGGUCUGUCAUCUCAGAGCACAUUAAGAAGCCAGGGCUGGUGAAGCAGAUGCACAUUGCCCCGAAGCCUUUGCAGGCUGUGGCAGCAGCUCCUCCAGCAGCCACAGGGCCCACCACAGCCCCAGCAGGCUCUGUUGCGGGUCCCACCUGCAUCCAGCUCACAUUUCCACAGAGCAAUCCCAACCAGAGCAUGGUGCAGCCAAACUCAGUAAGGCCCCUGCCUGUCCCAAGUGCCUCUGGUAGCCUUCCACACAUGACCUCUGCCCCGGCUGUCACCCCCUCACACGUUGCUCUUGUCUCCAGCAACCUUGCUGCAGGCCAGACCAGCAUUGGCAUCCAGCCCUCACCGCCCCAGCCCAUCCUUGUCUCCCACAGUCUGCCCCUCAGCCAGCCUCUGGGAGCUGGAGCUCUUCCUCUGAACCCCUCUGUUGGGACUGUCAGCAGAACUGUGGCCCCUGCAGUGCUGCCUCUCAGCCAUCCUGUCAGGCCUGGGCUCUUCCCUGUCAGCCAGCCCCUUAGCACCAUCAGUGGUCCUGUUGCGGCUGGGUCGGUGCCCAUGACCCAGCCAGUCAGCCCUGUCAACCCUCCAGUUGCCCCGGGGGUCCUCUCUGUCAACCCUCCAGUUGCCCCGGGGGUCCUCUCUGUCAACCCUCCAGUUGCCCCGGGGGUCCUCUCUGUCAACCCUCCAGUUGCCCCGGGGGUCCUCUCUGUCAACCAGUCGCUUGGUCCUGUGAGCAGACCCCUGGGUCCCAGGGUCCUGCCUGUGGCACAGUCGGUGGCAUCGGGCGUUCUGCAGCUGGGCCAGCCUGUGGCCUCAGGGGUGGUCCCUGUCAGGCAGCCUGUCAGGCCCGGGUUUCUGCAGCUCAACCAGCCCGUUGCCCCUGCAGUCAUCCCUGUGAACCAGCCCGUGCAGCCCGCAGUCUCUCAGGGCACUGCUUUCCUGACCACCGGCUCCAUCCUCAGGCAGCUGAUCCCCACGGGCAAGCAGGUUAAUGGGAUCCCCACCUACACCCUGGCCCCAGUCUCAGUGACUUUGCCUGUACCUGCUGGGGGUGGACUGGCAACAGUGACGCCCCCGCAAGUGCCCAUCCAGCUGAUGCAGUCUGGGACAGUGACCCAACUGUCCCAGUCCCCAGCCAGUGCCCCCUCUCCUCCCGUGGUCCUGGCUUCCCAGAGCGUCUCCCUGCAAGGCUCUCCCCCUGGCCCUGAGACCAGCCAGGCCAUCAGGCAGGCCAAGCAGUGGAAGACUUGCCCAGUUUGCAAUGAGCUAUUCCCAUCCAACGUCUACCAGGUGCAUAUGGAGGUGGCCCACAAGCAGGGGGAGGUGAAGGUGGAGGGGGUCCUGGAGCCCGACAAGCUGGCAGCCUGCGCGCCCUUCCUGAGGUGGAUGAUGGAGAAGACAGUCUGGUGCUUCUCUUGCAAGUGCUUCCUCUGUGAGGAGGAGCUGAUGAGGCACCUCUUGAUGCACGGCCUGGCUUGCUUGUUUUGCACAGUCACUUUCCAUGACCUGAAAAGCUUUGUAGAGCACAGCAAAGCCACCCACAGCGGGAGGAAGCAGCUGCACGCGGAUUACAGCAACAGAGGGUUUCAGCUGGGGAACGACGCGCAGGGCGACCUUGUGUUUCCACACUUCGACUUCACUACAGUGCUGCCCAAGGAGGACAUCGACAGGGAGGUGCACCUGGCAGUGCUUGCUGGGCUCACCUCAAGGACGCUCGUCCCCCUUUACCUCAAGGUGAAGCCUCAGACAGCAGAAGUGAAGACCAGGUAUGGCAAGGUGUCGACCUGUCCCUUUUGCUUCAGCACCUUCGUUAGAGAAGAGAACUACCAGAGGCACCUGAAGGAGCGGCACCACAUCAUGCCCACGGUGCACACCAUCCUCAAGACCCCUGCCUUCAAGUGCAUCCACUGCUGUGGUGUCUACACUGGAAACAUGACUCUGACAGCAAUUGCUGUCCACUUACUGCGCUGCAGAAGCGCUCCCAAGAACAGCAUGAAGAUGGAGAAGAAGGAGCUGCUGCUCAUCAAUGGUGAGAAGCAGGACUCUGUGAUGCUGAAGAGGAAGCAGCUGGAGUCCUGCUUUGCUGCAGAAGACCAAAGGAGUAAGGAGCAGCUGAGCCUUAGCGCUGUGGAGGAGGUGACUUCAGGGAUAGUGCCUUUCAAACGCCAGAAGGUCACCGGCAGGAUGGAGGUGAAGAAGCUCCCUGGUGACGACCUUCGCUUCCUGGCGGUGGACCCUAAGGAGUACGACCACAACUCCUACGAGGCUCAGAAACAGUUCUUGAUAGAUUACUUCCACAAGAGGCCAUACCCUUCCAAAAAGGAGAUGGAGCUGCUCUCCUUGCUGCUGUGUGCAUGGAAAAUCGAUGUAGCCUCUUUCUUCGUCAGGAAGAGGAACGUCUGCCUGAAGGCCAUCAACAGACAGAGGCCGUCUGUGCUGCUGGGCUUCAGCAUGUCCGAGCUGAAGAGCAUCAAGCACAGCCUGAGUAUCAAGGAUGAACCCACAGAGGUCUGAGCCUUUUAGAGUGGCUCCAAGCCCCCCACAGUUGCUCCCCUCUCCAUUUAGCAGCCCCCUGUAUGAUUUGUUUCCACUCGCAGACUGGCCCGUGAGGGGCGCAGUGGUAGAAGUCUUGUUCAGUUGUGGCUGUUCUUGUGGAAGGCAGGCCUGGAUGGAUUUGGGAACGCCCAGACCUUCCGGCUUGCACAUCUGGGACUCGCUUUAGCUCCCUAGCUGUUCUGGAGUAGUGGGAUUCUUUGGUGGUUCAUUUUGUUGCUGUUGUUGUUUUUUUUAUGAUUCAUUGCCCUCCCGCUCCAGGCUCCCGUGACACUUUUUAUACCACCACCUAAAACAUUUGUCCUGGUAAAAACAAACUUUAUUUUAUUUUUCUGCAAUGUCAUCACCUUUUUCUGAAAAAUAAAAUGUCUAUUGUUGGUUAAAAUA